CCAUCCCUUCCUCGCGCCGUCUUCAUCUCGUCUCCUCUCCUCCCAACCUGGAGAUCAGAGCGAUGCGGAGACAAUAGGACGCAGAGCCGCAGGGAGGGAGCCGGAUGCUCGGAUCCACAUCCAGCAGCGACACACUGCUCUGCGGAGGCUUCUGGCUGGACGCGUCGGUCAGGGUUCACCUACCUGUAGUAUGCGCUCUCAUCGACCUGCCUGUUUUUUUAUUAUUAUGAGUCUGCGUGGACAGAGUGGACACUACAGCCUCCAAAUGGGAACCCACUGAAGGUGACCCCAGCUGCUAGCUGCUUCGCCUCUCCUCACUGACCAACACUUCUUCACCCUAGUCCAUCGUUGGAAACAGCCGCCACCAUGAGCUCCUCUCCGCUGGUUUCUCGAGCUAACGUGGACAUCCUGGACGAGCUGCAGCUGAUCGCUGCUCAGAACCUGGAGAGGCUGGAGGUUAACAAGUACUAUGAGGUGAUCAGGGAGCUGGGGAAGGGCACCUACGGCAAGGUGGACCUUGUGAUCCACAAGAUCAGAGGUACAAAAAUGGCGCUGAAAUUUCUGAAGAAGAAGACGACAAAGCUGAAAUCAUUCCUUCGGGAGUACAGCAUCUCACUAUAUCUCUCACCCUGCCCCUUCAUCAUCAACAUGUACGGCAUUGCCUUUGAGACGGACGAGUACUACGUCUUUGCCCAGGAGUACGCUUUGGCAGGAGACCUCUUCGACAUCAUUCCCCCACAGGUUGGUCUACCUGAGUCGGUGGCGAAGCGUUGCGUGCAUCAAGUGGCCAUCGCUUUGGAUUAUUUGCAUUGUAAGAAGCUCGUCCACAGGGACAUCAAGCCUGAAAACAUUCUCAUUUUCGACAGAGAGUGUCGCAAAGUCAAACUUUCAGACUUUGGCAUGACCCGUCGGGCUGGCUCGCCUGUGAAAAGAGUGAGUGGCACCAUUCCCUACACAGCCCCAGAGCUUUGCGAUGCCUCCCGCCAGGAGGGUUUCUGUGUGGACUACAGCACCGAUGUCUGGGCCUUUGGUGUGCUGCUCUUCUGCAUGCUGACUGGCAACUUCCCUUGGGAGAAAGCGCUUCCCACCGAUACGUUCUAUCAAGAGUUCAUCCACUGGCAGAGGAGGAGGACGAACACGGUGCCAUCGCAGUGGAGGCGUUUCACCGAGCAGGCGCUGCGAAUGUUCCGCCGCCUGCUCUCGGUGGAGCAGGACCACCGCUGCUCCGUUAAGGAGGUGUUCGGGUAUUUCAGCCACUCCUGGAUGCUGGAUGCAGAGCAUGACAACAACGGCAAUGCAGGGGGCAGCGGUAGCGCGGAGAUGGUUGGCGGGAGCAACAUAGGAGGAGGAGGGAAUGUGCGAGGAGAUAUGGAAGGCACCAUCUCUACUUCUUCAUCAGGGGAAGAAGAUGAGGAGCUCCUGGUGGAGAGGAUGAAGCAGCAGACUUUGUCGCCUCGUUCACCGCUCUCGCCCCUCUCUCCAAUGUCUCCCAUGGUGGUGGAAAGGGGCAGCGGUGGUGGCGGAGCCAAGGGAGCAAUGAUGGACCCGGGUGGAGGACAUCAUUUCGUGUCUGUCUCCACUAACAGCUCGGUGUCGUCCACCAACAGCUACGACCGAAUGCCACGGGAAAACAGUUCCCCUGGCGGCCGCUUGCUAGUGGCUACACCCAUUGAGAUCUGCGUGUGAGCAUGGCAAACUCUGCGACUGACUCAACCCACACUUCCAUACCUCUUGAACUGCAAUAGUUGUGCAUGCAUUGAAACAAGACCAGACUAAAAGUACUAACGUGUAUCCUGUUUUCUACAUCUUGGGAAGAAAGUCGACACGUUGAAGACUUAGGAGAUCUUGAUUGAAGGCACAUAAUGAAAGAUCUUUGAUUGGAUGUCAUCAAGAGAGGCUUUGUUUACAAUCCAGGGACAUUUUGAGAUGCAUUUCAUGAGAAUAUAAAGAAAAAGUGAGAAGCUCUGUGACUAAAACCAUCAGAAAAGAAAACCAAAAUGUAUUUUAUAGAGCAAUACUUGCAGCAAAAAUAAUUCAAGGGAAGACUUCACAAGCUGUGAUGAAACGAUGAAGGACUUGUUUCUAUGAUGAGGACUAAAACAGAACUUGAAGAAACACCCUGGUUGACGGAGUGAGACGAUGUGUAACAAAAAUGUGAAAGUGUGUUUGUGGUUUGUGUGUAUGAAUCUUAAAAAAGUGUAUUUUGCUUUGAGAUACAAUUUAUUUAUCUAAUCGUACAAGACUAAAAUUGUUUUUUUCUAUUUUAUUUCUUUUUGUUGUUUUUUUUAUAAUGUAGCUUUCCUUUUUUUCCACUUUAGUGAAUACUGUUAAGUGACUUCCGACUCUUCUUCCCUGUGCAACACUUGCAUUUGGCUAAUAAGUCGGGGUGUAACGAUUUGUUCAGCUCAUGAGACACCGUGAUACGUGACACUGAGUUCACCACAGCGAUUUGAUUCACAAAUAGUGCGAAGGGUUCAAAUCAAAAAUCACAAACUACAAACUGUGUUUUUGAAAAAUGUACAUUUAAGGUGAGAGUUAUUAAUUUCGGAUUUGUUAGGGUUUAUGCUUCCCUUAAUUCACAGUAGCCAAAUUUCACAAGUUAAAUCUAAACUAACAUUUUAGAUUUCGUCCAGUCUUUUUCAAUUUAUAGCUAGAAAUGAUCAAAUGUGCUUCCUUAAAAUAAUACUAAAAACAUAUUUAGUUUGAUGCCUAUAGGAAGUUUUCAGUCAGAUGCUAGCUUCAGCAUUGUUAGCUUCUGUUGGUUUAAAGUAUAAAUUUGUCUUGUUUUCCCCUCAUAUGCGGUUUAUUUCCCUAUAGCUUAUCAAAAUAACAGACCAACAAAUGAUUUAAGUCAUGGUGUCAACUUCCAAAUGCUAAUUUAUCAGACUGUUAUCAUCCAGCCCAAUUUGCAAUCCUUGUGGUCGACUCAGUUAACGGAACACUAUUUUCUGUCUUACUUUGGAUAAAAACCUAGCAAAAAAUUUCCAGAUGUAGCUUGAAGCACUUAUUUUCAUAUCAGGGACUCAACUCUGUUUCACCAGGCGAUCCUGCCCCACAUAUUAGCUAGACAGGAAAGUGUGUGUAUGACAGAAAUGUCAACACAUUUCAGUAUCAUGAGAUUUCGUACCACAAAAUGCUGUUACACCCCAACUGAUGAGGAUAUCGGUGUUAAUGCUUGUACCAGAAAAAUUUAACAUUAUUCACCUAACUUUAGGUGAGAGAAAAUGACUAUGAUGUCUCUGUCUAUUUUUAUAUUUACUCCUGAAGUUCUUUUAUCUUUGAAGCUUCACAGGAAAAUCUGUCAGCGAUGCUUUUUGUUUUCAUUGUGUUUUAUUUUUUUACCGAACAUGUUUCCUCUGACACUGCUAUCUAAAUACUGUCUGUAGAUUAAAAAGAAACAACCUUAGCUCAAUUUGGAAGAAAAAAAAACAGAAAAGAAAAUAACACCAACUUUAUAACUGCAUGAUUAGCUCACACUUACAGUAAAAAAAAAAUACACUUGUUAAAGAAAAAGGUUUUGAAGAAAUAUGUGAUUAUUUUUGCAGUAGCACAUCUUCUUGCAUUGUAUUCAAGACUGAAUACCAGUGUUAUGAUCUCUUGAGAAAUUCUGGUACUAAAAAAAAAAAAAAAAGAAACCAGUAAUUAGUUUUUACUCUGUGUGAAAUAUUUGUGUUAUUGUGAGAUCAUUUCACCUCUUUAAAGAACAGCUAAAAAAAAAAAAAUAAGCAUGAGGGCACUGGAGCGAGAGGCUGUAAUUAGAAACUACUGUUUUAUCUGAAGAGCUUUCUUCUAAAUGGCCUUUGAUGAGGUAGUGAAGCUUUUCACUUUUUGUAUUUUUUAUCCGAUUUAGAAUGAUGGCAAAAAAAAAACAGAAAAGAAAAAGCAAA